AUGUUUAAGAGAUGUAUCUUAUAUUUUGUUAUAUCCAUUUUUAGUUUAAUCCUGGUGGUUUAUAAAGAAUCUAGAUAUGCCUAUAACAAAUUCAAAUAUGAAAAAAACUUUGAGAAGAAAUAUGAAAAAGGUUGUGAUAUAAAUGAUGACUUUUGUUUUAAUAAUAAUGAAAAUGUUGAUAAGGCUAUAGAUAAACCUGAAAAGGAUUACGAACUUGUAAAUUAUGAUGAAAAUAUAAACAACAAUAAUAAUAAUAAUAAUAAUAUUAAUAAUAAUAAGAGUAUAAGUAUAAGUCUUAGUAAUAAUAAAGUGAAGAAUAAAAAUUAUUUUGAUAAUUAUAAUAAUAAAUAUGUAGAUAAGAAUAAAAUAAAUUAUAUUUUUAAACCAUAUUUUGAAGAAUCAAACAAUAAUAUUACAAAGUUUGAUCAUGUUAUUUCUUUAUUUUAUGAAUUUUCAAUAAAUGCGAAAUUUUUUAUUUUAAUAUUUUUUAAAUCUACUAUGAAUAUAUUACAUUCAUAUGGAAUUUUAUUAAUUUCUUUAAUAAAAAUAUUAUUUUUAUGGUUUAUUAUUAUACAGCCAUAUAUUAAAUGGUUAUUUAUUAAAUUAAAAAAAUCAUAUAUGAAAUUAGAUUACCAAACAAAAAAAUAUAUAAUAUAUAUGAUGACAAUAAUUAUGACAUUUUUAUAUUUAAUAUAUAUAGGUAUUUUUAAAUAUAUCAUAAAUAAAAUAUCUAGAAUUUAUAAAUAUUUUUUAAAAAAAAUAUUCAGAAUUAAUAAUUUCUUAUUUAAAAUUUUUCCAUAUAUUAUAAGUACCUUGUUAUAUGCUACUAUAAUUAAAGCUAUACCGAUUAAUUAUAUAUCCUUUUUUAUUUAUUCAUGUUUUUUUCCAUUUCCUUCUAUAUAUUCAAUAGUUAUUAUUAUGAAGUAUGUCUAUCUCCCAACUGUUAGUACUUGUAUAUUCAAUAAUGUGCAAGAAAAGCAGGAACAAAACAAUAAUGACCAGCAAAAAUGUAAAUCCAUAAGUGCAUAUAACACAUCUAAAGACAAACAUGAAUAUAUAAAAAAUCAUGAUACUUAUUCAUAUAUGAAUAAAUCAAUUUUAAAACAAAAUAAUCACACAAAGGAGAAUAACCAACAACAUAAUUCUUCUACAACCAAUGCAACAACUUUUAUGAAAUCUGUAGAUUUUUUUAAAACAAAUGAAGAUGUAACAUUAGAAAAAACAAAAAAUAUAAAUGAAAAGGAUAAAGAUAAAAAAAGGUCCAAAGGAAUGUUGAAAAAAAUUACCAAAAAAGUAACUCGAAAAAUAACUAAAAAGACAACUCAACAAGGAACAUGUGAAAAUGAACGACAAAAUAAAGAAGAUCAUUCAGAAGAAAAAAAUAAAACACAAAGUGGAGCAGAUCAAACGAAUAGUGAACAUGUAAAUAAAGAUUGUGAUGACAAAAUAGAUAAAGUUUGUGAUGAAAAAAUAGAUAAAGUUUGUGAUGAACAGGUAGACGAAAUUUAUGACGAACAAGUAGACGAAAUUUAUGACGAACAAGUAGACGAAAUAUAUGACGAACAAGUAGACGAAAUAUAUGACGAACAAGUAGACGAAGUUUAUGAUAGUUCUUCAGAAAAAGAAUGUGAUAAUCAUGUGGAUGAUAAAGAAGAACAUUCUUUAGAUGAUAAAAACGAACAUUUAUUAAAUAACCAAAUUGAUGAUCCUGUAGAGGAUUAUGUCGAAGAAUAUAUUGAAGAACAGUCUAAGAGUGAACGUAAAAUUUGUUAUAAAGAUGUAAAUAAAAAUGUUCAUAUAAAUAAUAUACAUGUUAAUAAUAUUAAUCAAAUAAAUAACAAAUCUAUAAAUGAAAAAAGUAAUUAUUCGCUAAGCAAUUUUUCUUUUAUAAAAAAAAAAUAUUCUACUUUAUUUGGACUUGAAAGUUUUAAUUUAAGAUUUCGAUAUAAAUCGAAAAAAGAAAACAAUUCUCAGUUACCUUCUAUUCAAAAUAAUCAAACAGGAAAUCAAAGAUUUAGUUGUGCAUCUUCUAUUUCAUUUUUAAAUGAUGAAGAAGGAAAUAUACUUUCAUAUGACGUACCAAUAUUAUUAGAAUAUUGGUUAUUUAUUAAUAUAUUGAAAUUUUUAAAAUCAGCACUGUUUUUUCAUAAAUUUUUAAAAAUACCUUUCCUAUUCGAAUAUUUUACAUUGUUUGUUAUUACUAUAAAUUUAAGUGAAAAAUUACAUGAGUUUAUGUUUUUAAAAAAAUAUAAAUCUUCUAUCUUAGUAAGAUUAUUAAAAAAUGUAUUAGUAACAACAGUCGAUUUCUUAUUAUAUUUCUUAUUUAAUGUUAGAUUAGAAAAUGAAAAAAAAGAACAAGGGAAAUCAAUUAAUAAUAACAAACAAGAAUAUUUAGAAAGAAGUAAUUUAUUAAUCAAAUUAUCAAGAAUUUUUAAAGAUAAACUUAAAAUGAAUGAAACAGUCAAAUUUAGUUUUACAUGUCUUAAAUCUAUCAUAACAGAAAAUGUUGUUGAAAGUGUUAAAUUACCUUUAUAUAUUAAAAUUUGUAUUAAUAUCUUAAUAUAUAUGCCUCAAUUAAUCUUACUUAUAUUCCCAUCUUUUAUACUCAAAAUUUAUUUCCUAUAUAUUUUUUUUCUAGCACCAAUUUUUGGAUCACUUAAAUGCUUAGAAGAAAAAAAAGAUAUACAAAAUAAAAUUUAUUUUAUUUGCUAUUUCUUUUUUUAUAAUAUAUCAUCUAUUAUAGUAAACCAUUCUAUUUUUAAGUGUUUACCAUUCUAUAAUUUAUAUAAAAUUUUAAUUACUAUAUCGGUGCAAACAGCUCUCAAAUAUAUUUUUAACACGUUAAAGGUAAUAAGUUGA